AUGCAGACGGGGCCAGGGCGCUAUUUGCGGCGCCUGGCGGCUGUUCGCGUGCUGGAGGCUCAUUCGCCGCCUCCGGGCCCGCUCUCUGCCCCGCAGGGUGGUAAACGCGGCCCUCUGCGGCGCACACGUUCGCCGCCAUCAUUACACCUGCUGAUCGGCCGUCCUCGGAGCCCUCAACAGCUUACCUGUCGACUGGCCAGCUCCACCACACCACCCUGCACGCGAUUCCAUUAUGCGAGGCGCGGCGGCGCGCAGGUGCCGUCGCGAAGCGCCCUCGUCUGCGACGCAGCUGCGACCAAUGGUUCUGCUUUGCCUGCCAACGAGCACGGGGUCAGCGGGACGGCGGCCCGGCUGGCGCGCUCCGAAUUCAGCAGCGAGGUAGACGAGGAGGCGAGGGGCAGAGCCUUGUCCAUCAAGGACAUCAUCUGCAGCGAUCCACGUCGCCCCAGCAAUGGGUGCUCCAGGUACUGCGUGGCAGCUGAUGCUCCUGCUGCAGCGGCGACGGCAACAGGCCUGGUCGGUCCGGGUCCAGAUGGUGAGGCGUGCCCUGCAUGCAGAUGGCGGGAUUCCCCUGCUAAUGAGCAGACGCUAACGAAGCCUUUGUUGCUGCUCGCCGGCGCUUCGCCGGCGCCUACUUUCGGCAGGCUGGAGGCGGCGGCUCUCGCCUCGAGCGCGCCCUUUGAGGCCGCCCCGCUGGCUGCUCCGGCGCCGGGGGCAGCGCAUUCUGCGGCGCCGACUUCCGCCCUUAGGGCCGCCCCCGCGCCGGCGAAAGGAGCGCCCGAUACCGCGCGGCCGCCGUCCUUUCAGGAUCAUCGCUAUUCAGCCGAAGAGAACCUGAAGCCGCUCCGCAGCAAGUAG